AUGUUUUCAGGGGCAAACACGACUAUUUCUGGCAAUCGCAACUUUGAUGUUUGGACGACAAGGACCGUCUGCUUGUCUCACGACGACUCGGUGACGACUCGACUCCCCAGGGUACGCCUGCCGGCAGGUUCCGUGAGCGGUCUGAUAGGGUCCGCCAGGCACCAGAUCACAUCGCCGUCGCCAACCGUUCACGAUCUGCAGAUAUGUCUGCUCGCCUACCCAAGGCAACAUGAGCAUCCGUACCGCCUUCGGUAUGCGUACCGGCAGGUUGAUGGGCCCGAGACGGGUGAUAUACACAUUGAGGAGUGCUUGAGGAUAUGGAAGCCAUUCAGCUUGCAGAUCCGACACGGGAACCACAUAUCUUCCGCGUCCUCUCUGUCACCCGCGGAUUUCACCAUGAAGCCCGUCAAUCACCACUACUUCCGCUCGACACUCCGAGGCCGGGCCGCAAGUGGCCAAGGUAGACAAUUGUUCUCGGACCAGCUCCAGCGGGUGUUUGCAUUGACAAUUGGCCGUUCUGAGUGCGGGAUAGAAAUCUUGGGUCAGCUGACCCUGAACGUGGUCAGGCGCCAGUCAACAACCAAGGUAAAGACGGAGCCGUAA